AUGCGAAAAUGGAAAAUCUUUGGAAAAAAUUUUACAGUGUCAAACAAAGGAUUAACAUAUUUUAUUGGAAUAUGUUCAUCGCCUAAUAAUUUAGCGAAUAACACGGCUAUUAUUCAGAAAGAAAAUAAUUCUUCGUAUGUUCUCGGAAAAUUAGAUCAAGUCAAUUUUGUUCGAGGAGAUAAUUGGAUACUUUUAACUUAUAGAAAUGGUGAUCCAUAUAAAAAUAUUUGUAAUAAUUCAACACGUUCUGCUUCGAUUAUGUUUGUUUGUGGACAAAAUAGGACUGAUCCUACGGUUCUUCAAGCGCAUACAGAUACUGAUCAACAUUGUGAUUAUAUGUUUGAAUUACAAGUUUCCGAAAUGUGUCCAGCUGUAGAAAAAAAUAAGAAAUUAAGUGGUGGUGCCAUCUUUCUUAUUAUUUUUUUCAGUAUAGCAAUUGCUUAUUUAGUUAUCGGAGCUGUAUUUAUGCAUAUAAAACAUGGUGCUCGUGGUCUUGAACAUAUACCAAAUUUUGAAAUGUGGCGUAAAUUGGGCAAUUCAGCUGCUGAUGGAUGUGAUUUUUGUUGCCGUUGUGAAAGAUCAUCGCCACGUGCUGGAUAUUUUCUUGAUGAAUCGGGACCAGAUAUGCGUGAUGAUGAUAUUCUUUCUCCAUAA